CCACUAAAUUGAGUAUGGAUGCCACUGCCAAACUUGUCUCUUCUCUGUUAUCUUCUUCUCUUUGCACAUUAGACGGAGACAGAGUACUUACUUGUUAGUAGUGAGACUAGAGAGAGAGAGGUAAGACCCGGACAGAGGAGUAGAGGACAAACGGUCCAAAUAAAGAAGAAAACCUGUGACAACAGGAAAAUCUGGAGAGAGGGAGAGAGGAGCUAAAACCAGGGCUGCUUGUUUGCAAAAAAGAGAGCUCAUCCUCUAUUAUUUGGAGCUGAAAUCGGAAAUGACUCUUGCUGUUAUUCUCUUCACUUUCUUUGUUUUCAUUUCAAAGGAAACUGGGGUCCGUGCAAACUCUGAGCUAAUAGCACUCAUGGACAUGAAAGCAGCCUUGGACCCAGAGGACAAAUACAUCUCUUCAUGGACUAUUAAUGGAGACCCUUGUGGUGGUUCAUUUGAGGGUGUAGCCUGCAAUGAGAAGGGUCAAGUUGCUAAUAUUUCCUUGCAGGGAAAGGGGCUCCAUGGGAAGCUAUCUUCUAGUGUUGCUGGGUUAAAGAACUUGACAGGUCUGUACUUACAUUAUAACUCUCUGUACGGGGAGAUACCAAGGGAAAUAGCUAACUUGACAGAGCUGAGUGACUUGUAUUUGAAUGUGAAUAAUUUCUCCGGCGAGAUACCUCCCGAGAUCGGGAACAUGGGGAAUUUGCAAGUUUUGCAGCUUUGUUACAACCAGUUCACCGGAAGUAUACCUACCCAGCUCGGGACAUUGAAGAAGCUUAAUGUUCUUGCGCUCCAAUCCAAUAAAUUUACUGGUGCGAUCCCUGCAAGUUUGGGAAAUUUGGGUGUGCUAAUGAGACUAGACUUAAGCUUCAAUCACUUCUUUGGCUCAAUUCCCACCAAACUAGCUGAUGCUCCGUUGCUUGAAGCUCUAGAUGUCCGGAACAACUCUCUUUCCGGCAAUGUACCACUGGCUCUCAAGAGACUGAAUGAUGGAUUCUUAUAUGGCAACAACCUAGGACUAUGUGGAGCUGGGUUUAUGUAUUUACAAGCUUGCAAUGAUUCAGACCAUCUUAAUCCAAGCAGACCUGAACCCUUUGGGCCUGGUUCUUCUGGUAUGCCAUCAAGAGAGAUCCCUGAAACAGCAAAUUUGCAGUUGCACUGCAACCAAACCCGCUGCUCAAAUUCGUCGAAGUCCCACCAAGCUUCAGUUGUUGUUGGCACAGUUGUCGUAACUGUUGCGUUGUUGGCUAUGGGAAUUCUGUCAUUUACUCAGUAUCGUCGCCGAAAACAGAAACUUGGCAGCUCAUUUGAAAUUUCUGAUAGUCGUCUCAGUACUGAUCAAGCCAAGGGGGUUUAUAGGAAGAAUGGCUCUCCUCUAAUCAGUCUUGAGUACCCUAAUGGAUGGGAUCCUUUAGCUGAUGGUAGGAAUUUCAUUGGAUACGAGCAAGAUGUCUUCCAGAACUUCAGGUUCAACUUGGAUGAGGUGGAGACUGCUACUCAGUACUUCUCAGAGGUGAAUUUGUUGGGUAAGAGUAACUUUUCUGCAACGUACAAAGGAAUUCUAAGAGACGGUUCUGUGGUGGCAAUCAAAAGCAUUAGCAAAAGUAGCUGCAAGUCAGAAGAAACUGAAUUCUUGAAGGGAUUAAAUAUUUUAACCUCUCUGAGACAUGAGAAUUUGGUGAGAUUGAGAGGGUUUUGUUGUUCAAGGGGCAGAGGGGAGUGCUUCCUCAUUUAUGAUUUUGUUCCUAACGGUAGUUUGCUGCAGUAUCUUGAUGUGAAGGAUGGUGAUGGCCAUGUGCUUGAAUGGUCCACUAGAGUUUCUAUAGUCAAGGGCAUUGCCAAAGGUAUAUCUUUUUUGCAUGGGCACAAAGUGAAAAAACCUGCUCUGAUUCACCAAAACAUCAAAGCUGAAAAGGUUCUUGUUGACCAGCGAUGCAAUCCGUUGCUUGCAGAUUCUGGCUUACAAAACCUUCUUACAAAUGACAUUGUAUUCUCAGCCCUGAAGGCCAGUGCUGCCAUGGGUUACCUAGCUCCUGAGUAUACAACAACUGGCCGAUUCACUGAGAAAAGUGAUGUAUAUGCAUUCGGGGUGAUUGUUUUCCAAGUCCUCUCAGGGAAAAGAAAAGUUACCAGUUUGGUACGACUAGGAGCCGAGGCCUGCAGAUUUCAAGAUUAUAUUGACCCAAAUCUUCAUGGGAGGUUCUUCGAAUAUGAAGCAUCUAAGCUUGCGAGAAUUGCUUGGCUUUGCACUAACGAGUCUCCUGUUGAAAGACCAACUAUGGAAGCUGUUGUUCAGGAGCUAGGUAACUGCAGCAGCUGUCUGUAGUUUCCAUGAAAAUUUUCUUCAGCCGCUGCCUAGUCAAUUUUCAAAUGGGUGAUGGUGAGCUGGGAAUGGAUCGACACUAACUGAAUUCUUAGGACUCGUAGCUGUUUCGUGGUGUUGUUAACUUGUGUCCUCUUGCUGAGGAUUAAUUGAACUUUAUUGUGACUGUUCUUGAACAGUGAUUCACUUGUAAUCAGCUUAAUUUAUGGAAUAUUUGAUGUUUAAAGAGGUGGAUUAUCCUUCAUUAACAACAUA